UUGAACUUUUAUUGCUGAAAAUUUUAAAAAUUCAACACUAUUUAAUGCAUUUUAUAAUAAUAUUAUUUGAAAGGUAGACGUUGAAAUGGAUAUUCCAAGUAGUGACGGCCUCUCCGAAGCAGAAAGGUUGAGAGAAGAGGAAUUAGCACAUGAAUUGGAUCAUAGUGAUUCUAUUGAAGACGAUUCUCAAGAAAUAUCUUUAGAAGCUGAAGAGAAACUUUUAAAAGAUGAACCAGAAUACACAACAUUGGUUAACUAUGGUGAAAGUAUCUCUACGCCUAAUGUAGAAAGUGAAAUUGUAGAAACAUAUUCAGACAGUUCUCAGAAUGUGGAAACUGUACAUCAAGCAGAUGAACUGGGAAACAUCUACACAGAUAAUUCAGAUAAUUUCAUAAAUUCACAAACAGACACAUUGACUGAUGUUAAUGACCAGUAUGAACCAUAUAUCAGUGAUUAUCAAUAUGAGUCAUCACAGUUUAUAGAACAACCUGAAAGUGGAAAUGUUAAAGAAAGCUUUAAUCUAAAUGAAGUUGAACUUAAAAACAGUGUUGUAAUUCCAGAUAUUAAUGAAUUUCAGCAAAGUGAACUAGUAACAAAUAACUAUGACUCACAAAUGACAGAAGAGAUGCUCAUGAGUGAACGGGAGAGAGAGAAAAAAAGUAAAAAGGAACUAGAGGAGGAGGAAAGGGAGAAAAUGCAAGUAUUAGUUUCAAAUUUCACAGAAGAACAACUGGACAGAUAUGAAAUGUACCGGCGAGCAGCAUUCCCUAAGGCUGCUGUGAAACGUCUGAUGCAAACUAUAACUGGAUGCUCUGUUGGCCAAAACGUUGUCAUUGCUAUGUCUGGUAUAGCUAAAGUAUUUGUUGGGGAAGUUGUUGAAGAAGCUUUAGAAGUAUUGGAGAAAUCUGGAGAACCAGGUCCCUUACAACCCAAACACCUCAGGGAAGCCUUGCGUAGGCUUAGAAUGAAAGGUACCAUACCAAGUAGAAAAGCUCAUCGAAGUAUGUUCAGACUUUAGUAUUGGUACAUUAGAUUUCUAAACUAAUAUGUGAAGAGU